AUGGCGCUCUUCUCAGGAAUGUCUAUUAGAGGGCCUCAAGCAGACCCCCAGAACAACGCUAGUCAGGGGGCUGUUCCCCAGGCAAAGGGAGUAGACCCAUCUGCUGCUGCUGGAGGCCCCUAUGCACCCCCUGCAGCAGCAGCAGCAGCAGCAGCAGCGCAGCAGCAGCAGCAGCAGCAGCAGCAGAAGACUCCUGCGGUAGCAGCAACGCAGGAAGGCAAUGCCUUCACCAGGGCAGCAUCUUCAGCAUUUUCUUUUCUCUUCAAAGCCGGAGGAGCAGAGACACCGAACCGCGCUCCUCAGCCCCAAGCAGCAGCCACGCAUGCAAGGGCCCCUGGUAUGCAUGCAGGCUAUCGGCCCCCAGAGGGGCCUCCAUUCUAUGGGGGCCCCUCAGACAUAUCUCAUUCAUCGCAUGCAGCAGCAUUGGGGCCCCCAGAUCAGUUCUCUAGGAGCUUACAGCCGCAGCAGCAGCAGCAGCCACAGCAAGUGCAGCAGCAACCCUUUCAGCAUCAACUGCAGCCGCAGUUUCAGCAACCCCAGCAGCCAAACCCGCUUCAGCAGCGGCCACUGCAGCAACAGCAGUUACAGCAGCAAGCUCAGCAGCCCUACCCCCCACAGCAGCUGCAGCAGCCGCAGCAGCAGCAGCAGCAGCAGCAGCAGCGGGAUUGGGGUAAUUCAGUGGGUGCCCCUGUUAGUGGUUUCUAUGCCGAUGCUUCUGCUGCAGCAGCUGCGCAUGGGGGCCCCGAAGACGCUUUAGAGCUGCUGCAGCAUGCCCUUCAGCAGGGCCCCAGGGGCCCCCAGGGGGCCCCCUCUGCUGCAGAUGCCUUACCAGAUAAUCUUUUUAUGCAUUCGGAAGUAAACCCUGCAGCAGCAGGGGCCCCUCUAUACACCGGGGGGCCCCACACCUCAAUGCCUCUGCCUCAACCCCCAAAUAUUCAAAGAAAGCCGAAGCGAUCAGUCGUUCCAGGCUUUGCGGGAUGGCAGCAGCAGCAACUGCAGCAGCAGCAACUGCAGCAGCAGCAACUGCAGCAGCAGCAAAUGCAGCAGCAGCAAAUGCAGCCCCAGCAAAUGCUGCUGCAGCAGCAGCAGAUGCAGCUCCCCCUGCAGCAAGACAUGCAGCACCUGCCGCCAGCAGAGCAUCUGUCUCCUGCAGCAAGCGAUCCAGGGGGGCCCCCUGGGGGCCCCCAUAGUAAUGGGUUUGUUAGUUUCACUCUGUUUAAUGAAGCAGCAACAAGAAAGACAGAAGAGCUUGAAAGCUUUUACUUUGUCUGCCGCAGCAACGCGCUGCAGCAGCAAAAGGAGACGAUGGAAGAGUUAAUUGCUGCUGCCAGACAAGAGGCCCAUAUGCAGCAAGAGGCGGAGGCCCUGCGGCAAGAGCAGCAGCAGCUGCUGCAGCAGCAGGAAGAGGCUGUAGCAGUUGAAGAUUUUGCUGCUGCAGCAAACGCCGAUGAGCGCCUGCAGCAGACUGCUGAUGAGCUGAGUUCUCUUCAGCUGCGGUCUCUUCACCUGAAGCAGCAGCAGCAGCAGCUGCUGCAGCAGCUUGCAGGCAUCACAGAUGAUUUACUGCAGCAGCUGGUGCAGCUGCAGCAGCAGGCAGCUGACGAACGGGAGACACUUGAGCAGCAGCUGCAGCAGCAGCUGCAGCAGCAAACAGAUAUGCAGCGCCGGCUACGUGCUGAGACAGAGGAGCGGCUGCAGCAGCUUGAACAAGACACCGCUGCUUUACAAGCAGCAGCAGAAGAAGCUGAAGCAGCAGCAGCAGCAGCAGCAGAGCGCAUGAAGAAGACCCAGAGCGAGGAAGCGGAGGCAUUGGUAGAGCUGCAGCAGCAACGCUUGGCUCUGGAGAAGCAGCUUGAGGAGACGAAGCAGCAGCUGCUGCUGCUGGACCAAACAGAAGCAGCAGAAAGAGAGAGACUGCAGCGAGCGUCGGCUGAAGCAGCAGCAGAAGAGUUGAGGGCGCGGCAGCAGCAAAUGCAGCUGCAGCAGCAGCAGGAGCAGACAUCUCUGGAGAUGCAGCAGCUUAACAGCAAACUGCAGCGGCUGGAAGAAGACGAAGAAAUUUGCAGCAAAACGCAAGAGGAAGAGUUGCUGCAGGAGUUGGGGCGGCAGCAAAAGGAGUUGCAGCAGCAGCAACACGAAGCGCAGCAGCAGCGGCUGUCUCUAUGUGGGGAGCAGCAGCAGCUGGAGUUGCUGCUGCCGGUGCUGCAGCAGGAGAAGCAGCUGUCUAUACAGUCCAGAGACUUCAAAACAGCGGCAUCCUUAGCUGAGAAAAUACUCGAGUGUUCAGGGAAGAUAGACAACCUGAAGACGAAAUCGGCGGAGUUGGAGGCGCAGAGAGCGGAAAUAACAAAUCGACUGGAACUGAGCCUGGAGGAGGAGUGUGAAAUGCUGCAGCAGCUGCUGCAGUUGCUGCAGCCAUCAGCAGCAGCAGCAGCAUCAGCAGCAGCAGCAGCAGAGGGGUCUGAAGCGUCUUCUCUCUCAGAGGAGAGCGAAGACAGCAGCAGCAGCAGCGAAGCAGCAGACAGUGCAGCAGAGACAAACAAAAAAGUAAAAGCAAAUAAUAAAGAAAUAAAGCAGAAACAAUCGAAUAAUAUAAACAAUGCUGAAGAGCAAAUUAAGAGAGAAGAAGAGACAGAAAGCACAGCUCAACACGUACAGGCUGCUGCUCCUGCUGCUCCUGCUGCUACUGCAGUAGAAGCAGCAGCUGCUGCUGCUCCUGCUGCAGUGAAUGCUCCAGUUGCUACAGAGGCAGCAGCAGACAGCGCAGCCACUGCAGCAGCAGCAGCAAGGGACGAGGCAACUGCGGCAUCAGAUGCAGCAACAGCAGCAACAACAGCAGCAGCAACAGCAGCAACAACAGAGAGAGACAAUUCUUCUUCAGGCGCUAGCAACGAAGAGAGAGCUGCAGCAGCAAUAACUACAGCCGCUACGGAAGCAGCAUCAGCAGCAGCAACAGUAGCAGCAGCAGCAGCAACAGUAGCAGCAGCAGCAGCAGAUGGCGCAGGGGCGGCUCAAACGCCGCAGGCGGAUGAAAAGCAGGGGAACUGCCUUGAGAAGCAGCAGCAGCAACCGCAGCAGCAACAUGAACAGCAGCAGCAGCAGGAGCGGGCUGCUUCUGCAACGCGAGGGCUGUUCGCUGGGUUGGCGCUCAAGGCAGCCGAACCCGCCCAGCAGCAGCAGCAGCAGCAGCAGCAGCAGCAGCAACAGAGCAAGCCAGUCGAUCCAGCAGCAACAGCAGCAGCUGCAGCAGCAGCGGAGGAAGAAGCAGCGCACCCAGCAACGGAAGAAGUAGCAGCGACAGCAGCAGCAGCAGCAGCGGAAGCAGCCAAAGAGGUGCAGCAAAAAACUGCAGCAGCAGAAUCAGAAGGCGAGCAGCAAGCUGCUGCUGCAGCAACACCUCUGAAUGGUUCAGCAGAAGCAAAGGCAGCGACAGCAGCAGCAGAGGAAGCAGCUGCAGCAGAAAUAGCAGCAGCCGAGGCCGCAACAGCAGCAGAAGAAGCAGCAACAGAGAAAGCAGCAGCAGCAGAGGCAGCAGCAGCAGAGGCAGCAGCAGCUGAUGCAGCAGCAGCAGAGAUAGCAGCAGCAGAGGCAGCAGCAGCAGCAGCUACACCAGAUGCAGCGGAAGUAGCAGAAGCAGCAACAGAGGCAAUGCAGAAGGCAGCAGCAACAACAGCAGCAGCAGAAUCUGCUGCUGCUGUUGAUGCUGCUGCUGCUGCACCACCCGAAUUAACAGCAGCAGAAGCUGCAGCAGAAGCUGCAGCUGCUGCAGAUGGUGAAUAA